AUGUCGGAGGUAAGGAAAGUUCUUUUGUAGUUUGUGCAUGGAUUUGGGUUGUCUUCCCUCCCACCUCCCCCUUCCCCGCUUGCAAGCUCUUGUGCUAUAGAAAUAAUGCUAUUUGCUGUAAUUGCUUCAUUAUCCUGGGAUAGCAAACAAUAAGAUUUCAAGGUGCUACACACUACUCGAUUUCUUAUUUGGCUGCUACCUUGUGUUUUGGAAUUAUCUGUUUGCUUAACAGACUGAGCCUAAGCAGGUUUGUACAGAAAUAACUCCAUUGAUUUAUUUCAUCUUUUUUUCCCUUUUCUUUUUAAACUGAUUCAAAAGUAAGUGUGCUUUGCACAGCAAACCUUACUUACAAAACGCUGGCCUUCUGGACAAAAUGCAUCCUAAACGAUGGAUUGCCUUCCUUUGCCUAUAAGUUAUGGAAAAUCAUUGUGAUAAAGCAGAAUCGGACCGCCAAUUAAUCUUUCCCCCGUUGAAGCAUCAGGAUCUGUAAAUCAUGACGACCUGACAAUGUUUAAUCGUACAGGUCCUGGUUGUACAUUAAUAGCUAUAAAAGUCAUGAUUUGUGGCUUCAGUGUGUUCUGAGUCAAGUGCUCUAAGCAAAUACAUUAUCAUUAUUGUGAUGUUAAAAAAAAAAAUUUGCACAGGAGACCAGACACUGCAAUUUUGCAAAGGAGGUUUCUUUGGGAAUCAGACCAGCAAUGGUGUGUGCCUUUUGUAUAUAUAGUUCAUUGCUGACCAUAACAUGUCUUGCAAAAUAGGCAUUGGGGGGGUGGGGAGUCCCUUGUCACAAAGUUGUUGUUUGUUGUUUGUGCUUUUAAAAUACAAGAAGAACUAGAAGGCUAAAUCAUUACAUCCCAGACUGGCAAACACCGAUGUAUCUUUUGGGGUUUUCUGUCCUUUGUCAUUUCAUUCCGUAAAAAAGCACCAUCACAAAACUGUCAAAACAGACUCUUGUGCUGUCUUGCUGGCAUAGCGAGAGAAAUAUUUAAUUUUACUUUCCUGCUCAGUGAACACACCAAGCCUCUUGCCACCAUCCCAUUCCUUACCUUUUAAAAAAAUAUUUGCUUUAAAAUAAAAACGAUUACCCAUCAAUUGAAAAUGUUUGUGAGAAAGAAAGGGGGGGAGCGAUUUUAUACAGAUGUGUUCCACACUCGAUAACUUUGGAUUCUUGGGAAAACAAUUGUUUUCUAGUUACGGAGACAGAGAAAAUACGUUUCUGCUUAACAGCACCCGAGUUAGGUAUGGAAGACUGGUAAAAUAUGAACAUUAAUUGUUAUUUUGGAAAAGUGGAAGUGGGGAGCAGGAUUUAUAAAUUGUACCACUGUUUUUUUAGGUUGAGCUUGCUGCUAAAGUGUGUUAGCAAUCGUCUCCCUCUCUCUCUCUCUUUUUGAUCAUGCAGUUCUUUGGCUCCUUGAACCUUGGGAGGUGAUUGUUUGUCUUAUCUUCUGGUGAGCUAACUCUGCGCUGUGUUGCAAAACCUUGAGGCAUGUUGCGCUCCUUUUUACUGUUCCGGGAGCCUGCAACUGAAGUCAGCUUCAUUAGUUUCACUGAUGGCACAUCAGUGCGCGGCUGGUGUUGCCGCUUCCUUCCAGCUAGACCCCGAGCAUGACUGGGGCUGCCUUGGUUUGGAUAAGCUUGUAAGGAUUUGUCAGCCAGAUGUGACAAGAUUGUCAAGAGGCGAGUAAAGGAGGAGAUCUGAUAUUAAUCAGUGCAUAGCUCGGAGCCAAACUUUCUCAAAUGCAGUGUAGCAACAUGUUCUUCUCAUUUACUGUGCCUCUUUUGUGGCUACAGAUCUGCCACUGUGCGCCUCUGACGGCUAAAGGGAAUGCCAGCUAAUCGUAUUUAAUUGUAAAGACGAAAAUUGUGGGUGGGGUGCGGAAAAUGAGUGUAUCUUGCUAUCCAUUAACUUGCUUUUUUUAAAAAAAAAAGAAAAGGAAAAAAUUAUAGUGCAGGUUGCUGCUGUUUACACACAGACACUCAAACAGAGCGAAAGUCCUGGGAUCUCUCUUUUUGCAAAGUAGGCGGCUGUGGCUACCCAUUGUAACGCUGGGAUCACAGCACAAAUUGCCAGAGAUGCAUCCCGUCUUCAGUCACUGGAUGUUGAUUUUUAGGGAUAGCGACAGGCCGUGUGGGCUGCUCUCCCUGUUUGGCUCUUGAGGAGCAGAGGCAAUCCGUUUAAUUAGUUUGGGAAGGGACAUGCCUCGCCAUCGCUGCGUUGCCUCGGUGGACUCUUCCGAGGCUGUGCACAUUUAACUUCAAAUCCAUUAUGUACAGUGGUACCUCGGGUUAAGUACUUAAUUUGUUCUGGAGGUCCGUUCUUAACCUGAAGCACCACUUUAGCUAAUGGGGCCUCCCGCUGUUGCUGCGCCACCGGAGCACGAUUUCUGUUCUCAUCCUGAAGCAAAGUUCUUAACCCGAGGUACUAUUUCUGGGUUAGGGGAGUCUGUAACCUGAAGCGUAUGUAACCUGAAGCAUAUGUAACCCAAGGUACCACUGUACUAGGAUACAGGUAGCGCCGCUUCUCCCAAAUUCAGCUUCCUUUCUCAUUUAAAGUUCGCUGGUGCGGUUUAUUUCUUAACUGAUGCCGUAUAUUUUAGGAUGGAGUGAGCUGACAGAUUAAAAAAAAACCCCGUAGGAACUUGCGAAUCUGCCUUAUCGUCUUUAACCGUAAAGAAGAAGGUUGUGGGUAGGGUGGGGGAAAUGAAUGGAUCUUGCCUUUGUCCAUCUAACUCUAUACUGUCUGCACUGAUUGGCAGCUGCUCUCCAGGAUUUCAGGCAGGGAGCCCCUCCCAGCCCUACCUGAAGUUGCCGGGAAUUGAACCCGGACCGCCUGCAUUCCAAACAGAUACUCUACCAUUAAGCUAUGGCCCAUUCGCAAAAUAUUGUGAUUCUCACUACUACUACUACUACAUCUACAUCCUUCCCCAAGGUUCCCAAUAUGAAAUUCCAAGGAACCAUAGUAGGCACAUCAAGCAAUAAUAGGAGGAUUGGUCUAUCAAUGCUGGGUAGCAACAACAUAUCCUCCAACAUUUCUCUGAUGGAAACAGAGACGUCCUAUUCCAUCAUCUUCAUCAUACUCUGCCCAUCCGAUUGGGUUGCCCCAGCCACUCUGGACAGCUUCCAACUUAUAUAAAAACAUAAUAAAACAUUAAACAUUUUUUUUAAAAAAAACUUCCCUAUACAGAGCUGCCUUCAGAUGUCUUCUAAUAGUUGCAUAGUUACUUAUCUCCUUGGCUCCAGGGGGUCGCAUAACUCCUUCCCCUCCAACAUUCCUGCGAUGAAAAUAGGGGUGUCCAAAGGAAAAGCGGGACAUUCCGCAAUCAAAUCAGAAGCUGGGACGGUUUCUGUAAAUCCAGGACUGUCCCUGGAAAAUAGAAACAGUUGGAGGGCCUGUCCUCUAAAUCUUUUGAGUAUUAUUACUAUUAAUGGGACGCAGGUGGCGCUGUGGGUUAAACCACAGAGCCUAGGACUUGCCGAUCAGAAGGUCGGCAGUUCGAAUCCCCGCGACGGGGUGAGCUCCCGUUGCUCGGUCCCUGCUCCUGCCAACCUAGCAGUUUGAAAGCACGUCAAAGUGCAAGUAGAUAAAUAGGUACUGCUCCAGCGGGAAGGUAAACGGCGUUUCCGUGCGCUGCUCUGGUUCACCGGAAGCGGCUUAGUCAUGCUGGCCACAUGACCCGGAAGCUGUACGCCAGCUCCCUCAGCCAAUAAAGCGAGAUGAGUGCCGCAACCCCAGUUGGUCAUGACUGGACCUAAUGGUCAGGGGUCCCUUUACCUUUACAUUAUUAUUAUUAUUAUUAUUAUUAUUAUUAUUAUUGCUGCUGCUGCUGCUACAUUCUUCCCCAAGGUGUCCAGUAUGAAAUUCCAAGGAACCUUAUGAAGUUCCAUAUUGGGCACAUCUAGCCAUAAUGGGAGGAUUGGUCUGUCAAUGCUGGGUAGCUACAAUGGAUGGAGCCACAGUGAAUGUAGCUUCUGUAUUCAGAGGUAGUAUGUAACCUGGACUACCAGAUACUGUGGACAACGAACAGGGACUGAAUGCCUUCCUUUUUAACUUGCAGAGUAAUUUCGCUUGCCACCAUUAGAAGCAGAAUGCCUGCCUAAAGGAAUGAGUCUCAGGGUUGUGGGUUCAAGUCCCACAUUGGGCAAAAGAUGCCUGCAUUGCAGGGGUGAGACCAGAUGACACUCGUGGUCCCUUCCAACUCUGAACAAUAGCAGUGGCACCAUUAGUGUAGGCCAGGCAUAGGCAAACUCCGGCCCUCCAGAUGUUUGGGACUACAAUUCCCAUCAUCCCUAGCUAACAGGACCAGUGGUCAGGGAUGAUGGGAAUUGUAGUCCCAAACAUCUGGAGGGCUGGAGUUUGCCUAUGCCUGGUGUAGGCCUUUAGGGCAGGCAACCCAGGGCCCCACUCAGCAGAAUAAGGAGGGGAGGGCCACAAAGCGUCACAGGAUUUCCCACCACAAUUUGAAGCAAGUGAAGUAAUGCACAUUGCCACCAAAAUAGCACCGCCCCUCAGGAGAACCAUUAAGUCCCACAUCCAAAAUUACCACUGCCCAGCAAAGGCAAAUUGUGUGACUGCUUUGGGACAGCUGAGCAACGAAUGAGCAACUAUGUUCCUCCUUUCAAUUCAUUAUAAGAAAUGUUCCAUCCCAGUGCAUCUCAACCUUUUGGUACCUGGGGGCCUGUUUGGAGAUCUUGGAAAUGGUCACAGGCACCGCAAAAUACCCAGUGCACAGAAGAAAAGCUGGUGGUGCUCAGAACCCCCUAAAAAUAAACCAAAACAUAUAUACCUCCCCCCCAAAAAAUAAAACACAGGCCAAAAAAAAUAUCACACAGUGCACCCCUCAGACAAUAGGUGACCCCUGCUAAACAACACAAAAAGCCCCAAAAGCCAACAGCCCUCAUGAAAAUAAAAUUACAGUAGUAGUGUAAGGUUGCCUUGGCAGGGACCAAGGGACUGUGUCUAAGAUGCCCAGGCGCCAAUGGGUGUCAUACUCCAGUUGUACACUCUGGCGAGUCAUUCCAGCUUUCCACAGCCAAAGAAAACUCUCCAGAAACUUCAGGCUGCCCAAUGUGGUUGUCAUCUGUACAUCUUGUUGUUGUUUAGUCGUUUAGUCAUGUCCGACUCUUUGUGACCCCAUGGACCAGAGCAUGUCAGGCAUUCCUGUCUUCCACUGCCUCCCGCAGUUUGGUCAAACUCAUGCUGGUAGCUUCGAAAACACUGUCCAACCAUCUCGUCCUCUGGCGUCCCCUUCUCCUUGUGCCCUCCAUCUUUCCCAACAUCAGGGUCUUUUCCAGAAGUCUUCUCGUCUCAUGAGGUGGCCAAAGUAUUAGAGCCUCAGCUUCAGGAUCUGUCCUUCCAGUGAGCACUCAGGGCUGAUUUCCUUCAGAAUGGAUAGGUUUGAUCUUCUUGCAGUCCAUGGGACUCUCAAGAGUCUCCUCCAGCACCAUAAUUCAAAAGCAUCAAUUCUUCGGCGAUCAGCCUUCUUUGUGGUCCAGCUCUCACUUCCAUACAUCACUACUGGGAAAACCAUAGCUUUAACUAUACGGACCUUUGUGGGCAUGGUGAUGUCUCUGCUUUUUAAGAUGCUGUCUAGGUUGGUGGCCAUUAGUCAGCAAAAGCAUUCCCUUCCUGCUUUUUUUCUCCUGGGUAGACCCAAAAGUUUGUGACUUUGGAUAGUCAGUUUGCAUGUCUCCAAUACUAUGCUAUAAAAAGCAUUUCAAUUAGUCAUCAGAUUAGCAAUGGCUGAUUUCCUGUGGUACCAUCCAGAUGUGGAACUCCAACUCCCAUCAUCCCCGGCCUGCAUCAGGGAUGAUGGGAGCUGUAGUCCAGCAAUAUCAGCUCCCUUUGGUUCGCAUUGACUGACAGCGACUGCCCAGGGUUUUAGACAGGGGACAUUGCCAACCCACCUGGAGAUGUGAGAGUUCAAUCCUAGGACCUUCUGCAUGCAAAACAGUUAUUCUACCGCUGAGCAACUCUCACUCCCCUAAAGCAGGUAUAGGGAACCUUUGGUCCUCCAGGUGUUGCUGAACUGUAGGCCAUUGGACCUAAUGGGAGUUAUAGUCCAACAGCACCUGGAAGGACAAAGUCUCCUCACACUUGCCCUAAAUCAUGGUCCAAUACUCAUGUGUAUAUGGUUGCAUUUGUAUGGCAUUUUUUCCAUUUCCUGGCAUUCCCUCGAUUGUUACCGUAUUUUUCCGUGUAUAAGACGCCCCCCUAUUUUGGGGGAUUCAAAAUUAAGAAAACACACUAUGCACUAUCCGUGUAUAAGACGACCCCUUUUUAAAAAUUUCAAAAAUUUAGGAAACAAUAUAGUCUUAUACACGGAAAAAUACGGUAAUUUCUGCCUUCUAUUUGAGCUUUCACAUGGCAUAAAAGCCAGUUCCAGAAAGAAAGCAGAAUGCAGCUCAAGUUUAGCACUCAUUGCCACGUUAUUAGCAAACAGAUUUUUUCUAGAAGCAAAUAACAUGAAAAUUAGUGUUACACUUGGGCUAGCAUUCAAUGUCAUGUGAAAGCUCAAACAGAAUGCAGAAAUUAAGAGUGGGGAAGCGUCAGGAAAACGGAAUAAACUGCCAUUUGAAUGCAGCCUAUGUCCAAAAAGUGUGGGAAUAAUUAUCUGUUUUUGAGUGCUCAUGAAUUUGAUCUCGGAUUUCCAAAAGGUGAGCGUCAACACUGACUAAAAUUUGGACUUCCUAUGUAAUGUAUACACUGAUAUAUAAUGCAAAGAAAACCAUGCAUGCUAUAGCCCUUAGAGAUUUAGGAUUUGAUUGUUAGUGGCGCAUCAUCCCUAAGGCUUAUAGUGCUUUUGUACAUGAUGCUUAAAUUGCUUUCGAGCCUCAUGGACAGAAAGAGAUGUUGGAAGUACAACAGAGAUCAUUCCAUGUGUAGCUUAAGGGUUAAUUCUUUUCUUAGUGAGUCAGUCAAUGAAGAGCAGCAAUGGUGGUGGAAAUAGCCUUUAGUAACCAAACACAGUGGUGUGAUCAUCACUAAGGAAGCACAUGCUCCAAUUGGCUGCAUAGUUCUGAGGGUGUUUAGCUCUGUAUGUUUAGGUCAAUGUCUUCCUGCUAUGUGCAAGUAACAAAGACAAAACCUCUCUGUUGUUUUCUCCACAGACUUUACACGGUUUUUGUUCAGUUUACUUAGUAAAGUGUUAUGAAUAUUUAUUUUCCCUCUGGACUCUAUUUGCUCUAUUUAAGUGAAGAGAGAGAGAGAAAUUUGUAGUGCAAUUGAGCAUUCUAGCCAAUGUGUACAUAUUGCAUUAGCAUCAGAAACCUCAUCUUAAAACGCAGCUUCAGAUCUUGCAGGAGGACAAGAUCUUCUGUGGCUUCAGCUGAUUUAGGUCACAUCCAUAGUUUACCCGUCAAGCAUUCUUAUACAACUUUAAACAGAUAUGGCUCCCCCCUCCAAAGAAUCCAGGGGACUGUACUUUGCUAAGGGUGCUGAGAGUUGUUAGGAGACCCCUCACAGAGCUACAAUUCCCAGCACCUUUAACAAACUACAUUUCCCAGAGAGAGCCAUGACUGUUAAAGAGGUAUAGGAGUGCAGAUGUGACCUUAGCUCUCGGGCAAAAAGAAAACCUACAUCUGAACUGGAUCGUGCAACUGUAUCUUAUGCAACUCCAUACAUUUUAAACUCAACCACACAGAGUAUAUGCACAAGAUAUCAUCAACAACGUUAGAGACUUACGCAAUAUAUUUUUUGCAGUUUACAUUACACAAUGUAAAACAGAAAAAACACACACAUAUUCUCCUGAGGAUGAGCACAACAGAUUUUUAAUAAUUGCCUCUAAUGAUGCAAUGCCAUCGUGUUAAUUUUCAAGCAGGCAGCAUUCCUUUCCAAUGACUAGAAACUUUGGGAAGGGGAACAGCUUUUAUCCUUGGCCUUAAGGAGUUGACCAUUCAAAUAAAAUCUCCAUCUUGGGAGAGGAUUUAAAAAAAACAAAACUUGGGAAGUGGAGAAAACUUUUAAACUGAGCUAGUUGUGGUAGGGAAGAAUUCUCUACUUACUUUUUAAAAUGCUGGGCUAAAUAGGUCCAUGGCAUGUUGAAGUAAGUGAUGGCAACCAAGAUGUUUUUCUGCUGGAAAAGGUUUGAGGUUGAAUACAUUCUAGAGUCAAGCAAGCUGAUUUUGAACUAGUUACAGGAAGAACUGAAAAUAUGGAACCAGUAAAAGUGUGUGAUAGAGUUGUAUCAGGCAAGAAUGCGCUACAGGAUGACCACUUGCAGAUCACAAAAAAGAGGACUAAAGAGGCCACUGAUUUGCAUACAACUUGCACUUGCUAAUUUAUAAGUAUAGGUGCACCUUUAGUAACAGUUACUAUGAUUUACGCAAAAAUACGAAACAUCUCACCAUAAUGGAGAACACAGUGACCAAGGGACGAUGUGCAGUCUGACUGCCGCUGGCUUUUGAUGAGUAACUUUCCAUUCUCCUUCAACGUCACUCUUUUCUUAACGUUCUUUACUUUUGAAAUCAACUUGCACCCUACAGCUCUUCAGAAAGAGGAGCGAAGGUGAGUCUGUGAUUCUUCAGAAGUUGUUGGGCUCCAACUUCCAUCAACCCCAGCCAGCAUGGUCACUGGACAGGGAGGGUGGGAGUUGUAGUUCAGCAACAUCUGGAGGCACAAAGGUUCCAGGAGAGCCCAGAGAAGAGUCAUCGCUCAGGGGCAGAACAUCUGCAUUGCAUGCAUAAAGUCCCAGGUUCGAUUCUAGCAUCUCCAGGCAUGGCUAGGAAAGACAUUCUGUCCGAAACCAGCCACAGCCAAUCAGGGUAGACCAGAUAGUCAGUCUGGUGCCCUCCAGAUGUUCCUGAACUACAACUCCCAUCAUCCCUGAUCAUUUGCCAAACUGGCUGUGGCUAAUGGGAAUUGGAGUUCAACAGUAUCUGGAGGGCAUCACAGUGCCUCCCCCCUGGAGUAGACAAUACUGGAUGGCAGCUUCCUGCGUCCACUUGAGAUAAUGUGCAUGAGAAUGGCCCACUUAAUUUAAACAGAGACAGCUCUCUUUUUCCAUAUUUUAAUUUUGGGGAAGGACUGAAGUUCAGUGGGAGAGCACUGACUUCGUUUCUGCUGGAUCCUUUCUGCUGCCCCUGACAUCUCCAAGAAGGAGACACUGCGGGGCUGGGAAUGGGCUUGGAAAGACUUCUGAAACCCCUAAGACCUGCUGUCAGUCAGACUAGGCCAGCCUUCAUCAACCUGCUGAUGGCUGGGGCUGAGCCCCAAACUUCUGGGGCACCUGGUCAAGUUAGCAAAGGCUGAGCUAGACUGUACUGAGUUAGAUGGACCAAUGUGGUGACUCUACAUGAGGCAGCUUCCUAUAGCCCUAAAUAGUAGCAAUAAAUAGACUUAAGCCUAAUUCAGUAUAAUUGAACUCAAUGGGUCUUACUUGGGAGCUGACAUGUACAAAGUAUGUGCAAAGUAUUGGCAAACCAAAUGUCAACUUUAAUAUAUAUUUCUAAAGUUUAUCUUGAGAAACACAGUAGCCCAAAAGAAAUUUGUAUGUUUCUUUUCUUCCACCCCACCCUUUGAAGGUAUAGCUCUCAGUAACCCAUAAGUUAACAACACAUGGCUCUUCCAUGCUCAACAGGAUUUCUCCAUUCAUUUCAAUGGCGGUGAAUAUCUGCCUGCCUUUCAUUUUAAAACAGAGAAAUCCUGGCAUACAGAAAAGCGUAUGCACAGAUUUGGAACAGAGAAUGAUAUCUUACAUUUUGCGAAUGCAUACUGGCUUCAUCUUCUAAUCUAUACCUUGAGUUUGCUAUAUUAUGCCACAUAUUAAUUAAUUAAUUAGAUAUCUCACCCACCCUUCACCAUAAGUUCCCAAGGCAGGUUACAACAAUACAAUAAUCCAGUUAUCAUGCCCCUCAACAUUUCUCUGAUGAAAAUACAGCUGCCCUAUUUAAUAUUAUCAUUGCUUUUUUCUAAAAAAAAAAAAAUGUUUAGGGGUACUCUCAUUUUGACUCAAGAAAAUCACCUGGAAAGGAAAUGAAGCCGUCAUCAGAUUCACAAAAUGUUUAGGGGUAUGUGUACCCCUGCAUCCCCCCAGAAAAAAAACACUGAUGAUGAUGAUGAUUAUCAUCAUCAUCAACAUCAUCAUCAUUAUUUAUACCCCACACAUCUGACUGGGUUGCUCCAACCAUUCUGGGUGACUUCCAAUAUAUAUGAAAACAUCAUAAAACAUUAAACAUUUUUUAAAAACUUCACUACACAGGGCUGCCUUCAGAUAUCUUCUAUAGGUUGUAUAGUAACUUAUCUCCUUGGCUCGGGGGUUGGAAAACUCCAUACCCUCCAACAUUUCUCUAAUGAAAAUAGGGAUGUCUUAAGGAAAAGUGGGACAUUCCGAGAUCAAAUCAGAAACCAGAAUGUCUUCUGUAAAUCCAGGACUGUCCAUGGAAAGUAGGGACACUUGGAGGAUUUGAGUUAUAAAAGCAGGCUCCCAGGUUGCUUUUUAAUGGGCAGUUAUGCUUCACUUCAAAUCCUGCCCUCUCCUUCCCUGGCAAUCAUCACUGUGUCCUAAAUCUUUCUGUGGAACUGAAAUUCUGCUGCACGUCAUCUAUCUACCUUUUGAAUCUUGCAUGUUCUUGUAAAUUGCUUCAGGACUCCUUCUGGAUGUGUUGUAAACAACAGGGAAAUGCACGAGAUGUGCUAAGAGAGGCCAACUGCCUAAUAAACAGACCCAUUUCAUUUUAUACCGCUGUUCUUGACGUUUUGCAGGCAGUUCCCAAGGUUAAUCUCAGGGGACCGGGGGCACGACUGAGCUCAGAUCUGAUCCAGACCCAGUUCAGUAUGGAUCUCACUGUGGGGAGAUGAAGAAAAAUGGGAAAUUUUGUCAUCGUAAAAGGGUGUCAAGUGAGGUGGUGCAUUUUUUCUAAAACGGAGGGUGUGAGAAGAAAAAGGAUUUCGGGGAGGGAAGAAGAUUUUAGAGCAGCCAGAGGAAAUAUUUUGAAUGGAUAAUGGCACCCAAGAAAUUAGAUUCCUGGAAGGAAAGGAAAAACACCCUCUCUUGUUUACAGGCCGGCUGGUACCAAGCUCGCCAGUCUAUUAGCAGAAGCUAUAAAUCACUCUCUCGUUCCCAUCAUGUACACAGAGCAGAGAAUUUGGCAUUUAGAUGUUCUAAUGACCUAAACUGCACUUGGGAAAGAAUUUCUACCUUAAUCCAGAGACAGAUGAGUUCUGAUAACGGUCUGCUUUCCAUUGCGAGACCCACAAAUCUGCCAGCUGUCCUGUUGGUCGAGUUUUGCUCUGGGACUGAUCUACCUCUUUAUCGCCACCCUGAAUGCCGACUACAAAGCUGUCUCUGUUUAAAUUAAGCGGGCCAGAACAAAACUUACAGUGACAUUUGCCUGUAUAGAAGUAUCUGUUUUCAUUUGUACUGUCAUCCCAAAGGUAGAGGUGUGAACCAAGAAGCCUUUGAUUCAAACCUUAGCUUUGGUAGAAACUUAUUCGAUGGAAUUAUAUACUGAUUUCCUAAUUUAUACAGUGCCACCCGUGAGCAUGGUGGCACUUUAAAGAUUACAAAAGGACAGGUCCCUGCCCUAAUCUGCUUACAAUCUAAAGACAUAUGCAGGGGAAACAAACAGGGAAAGCAAAAGGGAAGCAGGACUGUACAAUGAAAUAAUAUGCAGUUUCUUCAAUUGUGCAUGCUUUGUCCCUCAAGCCUCCCAUCUCUAAUGUGCUAUUUUUCUAGAAAAAGAUGUGCCAGGACUCACCAUGAACACCUCCCUCGUUCUCUUAGAAUGACAAUGGCACUCACCUGAGAGGUGCCAGGACUGAGUUCUGGUGAGUUCUGGCCAAAAAACCCCAAAAACCCCAGUGUAGUACAGUCAUACCUCAUGUUACAGACGCUUCAGGUUACGUGUUUUCAGGUUGCGGACUGCGGGAAACCUGGAAGUACGGGAAGGGGUUACUUCCGGGUUUCGUCGCUCAUGCAUGCGCAGAAGCGCUAAAUUGUGCUUCACGCAUGCGCAGAAGCGCCAAAUCGUGCUGGCGCAGACACAGCACUUCAGGAUGCAAACGCUGCAGGUUGCGGACGUGCCUCCGUUGCGGACGUCUUCCGCAACCUGAGGUUCCACUGUACUCGUUCUUGACUACCUCACAGGGCUGUUGUAAGGGUUACAGAGUUAGUAUAUCCAGUGGUAUUUGAGCAUUUGGAAGAAGCAUCCGUAAAAGGCCGUAAGUUAAUAUUAGCAACAUAGAAAAUAAUCAAUUGUUGUGGCAAGUUAUGUCAGUUCCAUAAUUCCUUGGGAAGAAGGAUUGACUAUUAAACCACUCUUGGAAAUGUCACUCUUUGAAGGGAGUAGGGGUCUUCUAACUACCCCCAGCCCCCUUGACAAACCACAGAACCCAGGAUUAUGAGGGGAAGCCAUGACUGUUUAAAGUGGAAUGAUACUGCUUUAAAUGUGUGGUGCAGAUGGAGCUACCCCUGAUGGUGGGCAGUUUCAGUGCCCUCACUCUUCCUCCUUAUGGUUAUUUAUGUUUAAAUUGGACAGACGGGACAGUCCUUCAAAUGGAGGAAUGCUUUCUAUGAGGUGGGACACCUGGCCAUUAUUUCUUUACAUUGCAUCGUAUAUACUGAAGGUCGACUCCGCAGUAAAGUUAUAAUGGCGAUGCAGCAAAAUGCCCCCAUUAAGGAAACGAAAUGGAAAUAUCGGCCUGCUGGAGGGAUUCCCAAUAUAUGCGGAAGUAGGGGGAGGAAAUGGGAGCCCCCUCCCCCUAAAGGCAGGUGGGGGAGAGAGCCCAAUGAGAACUCAACAUGCUCAGUGGCAAGAUACUGAGGGUUUGGGGUGGGAGGGUCAAGAAAAGAGGGGGAAAGGAGUGGAAUACAGAGGUCUCCCCACUUGCCGUGUGUUCAACUUGCGCACGACCGUGUAAAUGCAAGGUGAGGAGGGAAAUUAAAUACAUCAGUUUAAUCUGCAAAAAGGCACAAAGAGGGCAAAAACAGCCCCCCCCCCAAAAAAGAGAGAGUGGGGAAACUGAAAAAAUGGCUGAAAAUGAGUGGGGGAAAUGGCUAGCAGUUCAGGGUACCGGUGUACCUCUAAAUCACAGCCAAGCACUUUGGAGUACCAGUCUGCCUGCCUUGUCAUUGUUUCCACAUCGUCCUCCAGCGAUGAGGAAGACUGACAGCUGCCAUUGCCACCAUUCAUACCAGUCUGGUAAGUGCUGCUGCUUUUUAAAAGGGGUUUUUUGAAGGUUUCCAGAGGCAGACUCCCAAAAGAAUUUAUUGUUGUUGCUGUUGUAGCGUGCGUAUGCCACUCAGUGGUCAUCAAACGGGCUUCCAGUCAAAAGUAGGGUGGAUAAAAAUCUAUGAUUUUUUAAAAAAAUAAUUAUAAUUCGUUUUUUUUUUAUUUAAAUCAGAUUUUUUUUAUUUAAAUUGGAUUUUUAAAAUAAAAUGCUUUUGGAGGAAAAAUCUUUCUAAAGAUAGUUUUCUGUUUAAGUUACAUUAUCGUCCAAAGGCUAUUCAUUGGGAAAUAAGGAUUUGUUUUAAGUUUCUCAUGUGUGCUAAAACUCAGUCUAAGUUGUGAGGUGUUGUUUUUUUUUAAAAAAUAACCACAUCAGUUAACAAACAUGGAUACAUAUGCUAUAAUGCUAUUGUUUUAGUUAAAUAAAUUGUUUAAAUUGUUAUUAAGGAAAUGAUUAUUUUUCUCCUUCCGAUAAAGUACAGCAGAAAAGUUGUCCAAAUAUAAAUAGUUAACUUCUUAAACCUCACAAUAAUUUCAUAAUUAUCUCUCUAUGUAUUUCUAAUAGUAUAACCAAAUCAGUAAUUUUUGAUAGAACUGUAAAAACUACUCUGAAAAUUUAUUACUCCAAAAAUGAAACCUUCAUCUGGUUGUCAAUAUUAAGAUUAUACCAGCAAGAAUGAGUCUUUUUGUAAAAAAAAACCCUAUUUAAAUCGAGUCUUACUGACUAGUGAUUUAAAUCGUGAUUUAAAUCAAAUCCACCCUGGUCAAAAGUGAAUAUAAUAUGACAGCAAAUAAGAGAUGUAUCAACAAAUACACAGGAUCCAGACACUAUAAAAAGCAAGGAGGGAAUGGUUAGUAAACAGGGGUUUCUUACUUAGGCACUGAAGUCUUUAGCCACACAACUAUCCUACAACAUCAGCUGAAUAUUCAGUAAUCUGGCCCAGGAUCUAGCAAAUGGAUACCUUGUUGUAUUUAGCAUUCUUGCAAUCUUAUAUAGAGGUUCGUGCCUGUAAGCAGACAGGGCAGCAGACAGGGAUACAGCCUAACCCAAGCCUAACAAAUCAAACAAAAAGUGCGAGGAAGUGAUGAAAUUUGAUGAAUGGAGAAAGAAAGUAAAAGCCCAUGAAAUAAGUGAAGGUUAUCUGAAAGAAUAUUAGAUUGCAUCUUGAUGUAUCUGUUUGGACAACUGCCUUCGAAAACCAUCCCCCUUACAAUUUUUGCUGGGACGCCUCUUUGCGGACUCUCUUUAUUUAUGGAAUGCUGAUCUAACUCUGAUCUUCUGGGGCUGAUGAACACAUCGCUGUCUAUGGAAAGUACAGCAUCUUGAAGGAGUGCAGUGAGGUAAUAUAACUGAACUCCAGUUAUAGUUGACAUCUCGUGAAGUCAACGAGGCCUUGGCUCAACACAACAUACUUUCUCCCCACCCCCCAUCCCACUUAGAUGAACCUUAUAAAGAAAAUUUAUGACUUUCUGCGGCUCUAUCAGAAGUAUGCCAACUGCUGGGCUAACCGGCUAUCUAAAGCAAAGUGACUCUCAGAGCUCAGUUCUCAGUGUGUGUUGUGAUGCAUGUGUUGUAAUUUCACAGGAAACUGAUUGCUUUUUCUCAGGUACAUUUCUUAGUUUUUGCAAUGUUCGCUUACUGAUUUACUUAACGUUUUUUAAACGAACCACUCCUACAAAGUGUUCCUCCAUCCAUAGCCUUUAAACUUUUUUGAGAUUCCCCUUUAAUACCAUUGCUGUAACCUGGACUCUAUUUUUAUUUUUUAUAUGAACCAACCCAGAUCUUACACUCAUCACCUGAGAACCUUCUUCAUGUGUCUCUGGCAGCUGGCAACAUAAGAAUGGGCCUUUUCUGCAGUGGCUCCCGAUUUGUGAAAUACUCCCCUCAGGGAGGCUGGUCUAGCACCUUUCUUAUAUAUCUUUAGGCACCAGACAAAAAUGUUUCUCUAUAACCAGGCCUAUGGCUUUUCAAAUGUGUUUGUGGGAAGCGGGUUAUUGGUUUGUUUUUGUUUUAUUUUGUAUUCUCAUUCCCUAUUUUUCUGUUGCAAACCGCCUUGGCAUCUUCGGUAAAGGGCAAUAUAAUAAUAAUAAUAAUAAUAAUAAUAAUAAUAAUAAUAAUAUACUUUUAUAUAUACUGUCCAAUCCACUCCUCUCUCUAGAGUAACCAAAGGUUGUUGUUGAUGAUGUUGAAGAUGGAAGCUCCUGCUUCCUCAAAUGACCGGUACUUGUAUCAAUAGGAAAGCUAUCAAUCAAUUUCUAAGAGGGUUACUUUUCCUUUGAUAGUGUACCCCAUCAUGAGGGAAAGUGAGGGAAACCAGGCACAGGGCCUUCUUGGUAGUGGCGCCCGCUCUGUGGACCACCCUCUCAUCAGAUAUCGAGAAAAUAAACAACUAUCUGACUUUUAGAAGACAUCUGAAAGCAGCCCUAUUUAGGGAAGUUUUUAAUGUUUGAUCUUUUAUCGUGUUUUUGGUAUUCUGUUGGGAGCUGCCCAGAGUGCCCCAGCCAGGUGGGCAGGAUAUAAAUAAAUUAUUAUUAUUAUUAUUAUUAUUAUUAUUAUUAUUACGCUUGCUUGAAUUCCUUUUUCUGUGCAACUGUACACAAGGUACAGGGGGCUGCCAUAAACAGGCAGUGGAGGUAUCAGUCAUGGAGAUUGCUUUUAAACACAAAGGAAUUUUGUUGCUUUCUGCAAAUGAUCGUUCCUCCCCUGUCCCAAUAUCCCGCCCCCCAUUUUCUCUCUGUUUUACUAUUAAUUACCACACUGUGUGCUUUUUUACUACUCGGGAUGGGGGAUGGGAAGGGCUUUUUUUUUUUUCUCGUCAGAACUCGCCAGAACCCAGUUCCGGCGCCUCUCAGGUGAGCACCAUUUCCAUUCUAAGACAAAAAAGCGAAGUGUUAAUGGUGAAUUCUGACCCUUUUUUCUUUUGAAAAAUAUCACUGGGAAGAAACAGUCUGCAUGAAGGCCUCUUUCAGGGGUGGGGUCAAAUAUGGCCCUUCAACCUCUGUCUCUGGCCCUCAGGAAACACUUUUCCCUAACCAGCGUGGGCUGUAUUUGUCUGUGUGAGAAUGAGUGAGUGUCUGAGAAUGGGAAUUUAACUUAUUCGGAAUCAUAACAUUCCUAUCAGCGAUUGCUUGCUGUAGAUGCCAAGCUCACUUGCGACUUUCUAUCAUCAUCAUCAUUUAUAAUUUGUAUACCGUCUUUCUAUCUUACAAUACUCAAGGCGGUUUACAAGCUGAAGAAACAAAAAAUGUACACCUUAUAACAAUCUAAUGCAAUACAAAAAUGUAGCAAUAAAACAAAACUUUAAAAUAAGCAACCUACACCAAAAAAGUAACAUUCAACAAUCAUUAGAACAGUAUAAAAGAAUAAUGUCAACAUAUAAAAGUUAAAAAGAAAUCCACUCAACAGUUACAAUAAAUAAUUUCUAAACUAUAGUCAAUAAAACAACGGCAAGCCACAGUUCAUAAAAUAAUACAAUACAAAUUGAGAAGCAGAGGCUAGAGGGUGGAGCAAGGCAGGUGGAAGGAGGCCUUGCCUGAGGAAGUCUCUAUGAAAUAUGACACAGUGCACUACUUGCAGAAUGAUGCCUGUAGUGACAUCAUCUAAAGAUUUUUUCCCCCCUUUGGAGAUACUCUUUUUUACCCAUGCAAACUUACACAGUUAAAACUCAUAUGACUGGUUGACUUAAAUUUCUUUGCUCAAGUUUCAGCCUUUGCAAAAUGAGCUGGCGCAGUAGGGCAUGAUGAGUUUUCAGCUUUCAAAUUCCCAAAACGAGGGUUGCUAAAAAGUUGCAGCAUGACCUAGGAAUUCCAAAGAUAUUCUAGCUAAAAUAAUAUAGUUUUGCUUGGUAAGUAAAAUGUGUGUACAGUUGCAUGGAAGUCAUUAAAAAUGAUUGCCAAGUACUUGCAGAUUAUUAUUAAUCAUCAACAACGUCAUCAUUACCCAACAUUUUCAGAAGGUAAUAUUAAAAUUCCUUGGUUUUCUGAAAGCAGUUUAUGUGCUUCUUCGCCAAACAUAGACUUACCAAGCUUAAUAAUAAUAAUAAUAAUAAUUUUAUAUGUUGUCUGAUGACAAUAAUAAUAGCAGAUUUUAAUUCCUCACACCCAUAAGUGGGGGGAGAAAGCAAAAAUUAAGUUUCACCCCCUAAAAUGACAUGCCCUCCCUGUUGGGGGACUCGCAGCCUUUCAGAUAUUUCUGGAGUUCCAUCAGCCCCAGUCACCAUCCCAGGUCAGGGAUGAUGGCAGCUGGAAUCUAGCAACAUCUGGAGGGCCACAGAUUCCCAUCCCUGGAACUACAGGAAGAAGAACUAGAUUUUAAAAGAUAGCCCUAAAUAACGCAUCUUUUUAAAAUGAUCUGGGUUGCAAUUGGUAUCUAUAAUUUCAUAGUUAGAAGCAUUUAAAUACAUGGUUUGGGGAAAAAUCUUGCCCUUUGUUUUCUUAUUGUUGGGUACAAUCUCUCUAAGGUGAAGCAUUUUUUAAGUCCCAUUUAUUUAUUGGCAUGUAGCAAAUGUGGGUCAAACCACAUGUGAUGCUAAACAUAUCUUUGAAUUUUGUGACUGGGGUUCUCCUCCUCUUUCUCUUUUUUAAAAAAACAGCAACCUAACAGCAGCUGCAAGGAGGAACAGAUUCAGAUCAAAGACGCUAGCACAGGGUGUUUCUCUUUCGAAAAUGCUCCCCCAAAGCCAGGGGUGAAAUGGCAGCUUUUUGGGAUCUUUCAGCAGGAAGUGGAUGCAUAGGGAAAGGGUUAAACCCGCCCCCGCCCCUUGUGCUGCUGUGCUGAUCUAGGUCACCCUCCCCAUCCCUGUGGCUGCUUUUAGUUAAAGAGAGAGAGGUGGAAAGAAACACAUUUAGCAUAAUUUGUCAUUUGACCCUAAAUAUUAGACCGAGAAGGCUGAGCUAGGAGAAUGGUUCUCUCUGAUGUGCUAGCUUUCUGUGGGAAAAGAUUUUAUAUAUAUAUAUAUAUAUAUAUAUAUAUAUAUAUAUAUAUAUGAAAACAUGGAAUAACCUGCAGGGGAAAAAUUGAGUUCAGUUUGCAUUUAAAAGCAACCCCACCAAAUUCAUGCUUUCCGGAACAAUAUUCCAACUGAACCACAGCAAUCUGUUGAAAUUUGCCCUUACCUGAAUUUUGCAACCAUUUGUUGUGUACAGAAAUGCACGUGCUGGGGGAAGAGUGUGCAUGAAAAUCCAUAUAUUGUUUUAAAAAAACAGCACAGAGAAAUGCAAAAAGGUGUGUACCUGGCAAAAUUGCACACAAACAUGUGUAUAUUAGGAAAAUUUGCACUAAAAUGCUGGUACAUUUUCAUGAGAACUUUAAAAAAAGAAAAAAAGGCACCCUCAAACUAAUGGGAAAAUGUGAAGCACUGAACCUAACACUGGAAAAAUGACAAACUUUGAGAAACCAUCCCUAGUCUGAAGUAGUACAGUCCAUAAACAGGUUGACCCACAUUGUGACUAUUAAAGGUAAAGGUAAAGGGACCCCUGACCAUUAGGUCCAGUCAUGGACGACUCUGGGGUUGCGGCGCUCAUCUCGCUUUAUCGGCCGAGGGAGCCGGCAUACAGCUUCUGGGUCAUGUGCCCAGCAUGACUAAGCCGCUUCUGGCGAACCAGAGCAGCGCACAGAAACGUCGUUUACCUUCCCACCGGAGUGGUACCUAUUUAUCUACUUGCACUUUGACGUGCUUUUCAACUGCUAGCUUGGCAGGAGCAGGGACUGAGCAAUGGGAGCUAACCCCAUCGCUGGGAUUCGAAUUGCCGACCUUCUGAUCGGCAAGUCCUGGGCUCUGUGGUUUAACCCACAGUGCCACCUGCCUCCCUUAUUGCGUUCUAUUAGGCUUGCUAUAUUUCAACAAGUGAAAAUCCAGACACAAAAGUUAUUAAGCUUUUAGGGGGGUGUUCAGCUUUCCCCCCCAAAAAAAUCUCCCUCCCGCCCCCAUGAUGUUUUGGAGCUCUUUUUUAGGAAUUUUGGCAAAAAAAAAACCCCACUUCACGGACAUUUAAACCAGCUUUUGAAAAUUCUACCCAGACACUAUUUUUCACGAACAAAUCCCAGCUAUGUCCAGGAAAUUAUUGACUUAUGGCAGCCCGAUCUAUGCAUAUUCAUAAUUCUUCAUUUUUUGCAUAUUUGCAUAUGCAUGUUCCAUUCCCCUUCCCCUUUCCUCUCUCCAGCAUGUUGCACAUUUUACUCACCCCUUAACGUUUUAAUCUGUUUCUGCUCUUUCAGGCCAUCCGUUGCACUCUGGUAAGCUGCAGCUGCCAGUGCUUCAAACCUGGGAAAAUAAACCAGCGGCAAUGUGACCAGUGUCGGCAUGGAUGGGUAGCACAUGGUAAUAAACCUCAAAGAAUUUUGAAAGAAAAUAAAAAAUCCUUGCCUUACCAAGUAGCCACCAGCUGUCUAAGUACAGUUUUCAGUUUAUUAACGGAGACAUUGCAAAGUCACAAAUAACAAAACUCAGAAAUUGCUAAUUGUCUAUAGAGUCAUAUUCAGCUCAGCUUUGGGAUAGUAAAGCACUUCUCUGGUGCAAUCCAUAACUAGUAUGAAUUGCUACGUAACUAAUAGCAAUUUGCUUUACAAGAGGAUUACAUAAUUCUGAAUGUUCAGAACACAAUUUAGGCUAAACUGGGGACAGUUUACAGGGAACCAGGCAGAGGGCCUUCUUGGUAUUGGCACCCACCCUGUGGAAUGCCCUCCCAUCAUAUGUCAAGGAGAUAAGCAACUACACAAACUUUAGAAGACACCUGAAGGCAGCUCUGUAUAGGGAAGUUUUUGAUGUUUAAUAUUUUAGUAUGUUUUUUGUAUGUGCUGCCCCAGAGUGGCUGGGGCAACCCAGUCGAAUGGGCGGGGUAAAAAUAUGGUGAUGAUUAUUACAGUCAACAUGGUGCCUUCCAGGUGGAAAAAUGAGAAAUGGGGCGAACCAAAGUUCACAGCCCCGUCCAUCCCUAGCCUAGCCAACCUAGCAAAGGGAUCAUGCACCAAACCAGAAAUUUGCACCCAACCCCUCCCCAAGCUUAAAUAAUUGGGAAAUACUGCUCAAGUUCAAACCCCUAGUACCCCAAUGGUGUUCUUUUUGUCUAAUUGUCUCAUACCCAUUUAUGCAUAAGUAGUCACUCGCCUUUUGUUUUCCUUUUCUUUUCAGCCUUAAGUAAGCUAAGGAUCCCUAACCUAUACCCAACAAGCCAAGUGGAAAUAGUCCAGUCUAAUGUGGUAUUUGAUAUAAGCAGCCUCAUGCUUUAUGGAACUCAGGCAGUUCCUGUCCGUCUCAAAAUCCUCUUAGAUCGGCUUUUCAGCGUCCUGAAGCAAGAAGAAGUCAUUCAUAUCCUCCAUGCUCUGGACUGGACACUUCAAGACUACAUACGUGGAUAUGUCUUACAGGUACAUCUCUAGGUCUUCGCUCCCUCUAGGAGGGUGACAAGAGAAUCGGGGCCGAAAUGAGGCCGAGAAACCAGUGGUCUGCGUGUUUGUGGGCACCCCAACAUCUGGAGAAGUGCAAAGAAUUUUUAAGAAAAGCUUUCUGCAUGCUUUGUUUACUGAGAAGUUUGAAUGUUUGUGAACGUUCUGCUGGCAUCCCAGUUGCAUCAGAACUUGAAGCUGCACUAGCACCCUUAUAACGCAGACAUUCACCAUAAAUUUAUCCAUUUCAGUUCUGCCAUUUUGAACUUUUCCAGCAUCAUCAGUACACCGGGGCAGAAGUUAGCUCCUUAUGUUUACAGAAAUGCCUCUCCUCUGUUGGCAUUCUUGUUCCAAUGUAAAGCAGCAUUAUGAUUUAUGUUAUGGCACGAAUAAAUAUUUCAUGGCACUUGAUAAUUUUGCUUUUUAGUGUUAGGAUUAAAAAAUAUGGGCUCAAUUACCUUGAACCUUUUUUGCAUGAAAAAUUGAUGAUGAUACAUUCUUCAUCAUCUUAGAGAAGUCUUGUGUGCCCAGUGAAAACCCUCAGUAGGCCAUCAAAUACAUGUUCUGUGAUAAAAUAUUUAUUACAGAUAUUGGGGAAAGUUAGGUAUGGCUGGAGUUUGAAAGAACUUGCAACACUCUAGUGUAAUUACAGCUGUGCUCUGUAAACACUGGCGAAGGAUCGAUGCAGGUUCAUUUGUUCUCUGAUCUUAGUAGCUUGGAAGAUUAUUAAACUUGCAGUGGAAGAAUACUUGACUUAAAUGUGGAGCUAAAUCUUCUUCUGAUUGCUCCAUCUCUCUCUCUCCAUUCGUACAUGUUGUUUCGCCGGUACACGUCUUAAUUUUUUUCUGGGGAGAUUGCAAAAUACUUUCUAAUCAUCGGUGCUGUGUUAGAAAGAACAAAUGUUGGGGUGAUUGAAAUCCAAGAAUAAUAUAUAUCACAGAAUUGCCAAAAUAAGCUGCCCUCAGCCUUAGCAAAUUGUGUGGAUUUCGCUAGACCUGGUCCUGAAUGGGGUAACUGUGCUCCUGAAGGACCAGUGCGCAGCCUGGGAGUCAUUCUGGACUCUCCAACUGUCCAUGGAGGCACAGGUAAAUUCUGUGUCCAGGGCAGCUGUUUAUCAGCUCCAUCUGGUACGCAGGCUGAGAUCCUACCUGCCCGCGGACUCUCUCGCCAGAGUGUUGCAUGCUCUGGUUAUCUCUCGCUUGGACUACUGCAAUGCGCUCUAUGUGGGGCUACCUUUGAAGGUGACCCGGAGACUACAACUAAUCCAGAAUGCGGCAGCUAGACUGGUGACUGGGAGCGACCACCAAGACCAUAUAACACCAGUCUUGAAAGACCUACACUGACUCCCAGUAUGUUUCCAAGCACAAUUCAAAGUGUUGGUGCUGACCUUUAAAGCCCUAAAUGGCCUCGGUCCAGUAUACCUGAAGAAGUGUCUCCACCUCCAUCAUUCAGCCUGGACACUGAGGUCCAGCGCCGAGGGCCUUCUGGUGGUUCCCUCCCUGCGAGAAGCCAAGUUACAGGGAAGCAGGCAGAGGGCCUUCUUAGUAGUGGCACCCACCCUGUGGAACGCCCUCCCACCAGAUGUCAAAGAGAAAAAUAACUACCAAACUUUUAGAAGACAUCUAAAGGCAGCCCUGUUUAGGGAAGCUUUUAAUGUUUAAUAGGUUAUUGUAUUUUAGUGUUUUGUUGGAAGCUGCUGGAGUGGCUGGGGAAACCCAGCCAGAUGGGUGGGGUAUAAAUAAUAAAUUAUUAUUAUUAUUAUAAAUUAUUAUAGACAAAGAAGCCUAACCUCUUAGAAAACUGCCUGGAAUAGUGAUGGGCAGCUGUGGAUUCCUGAGCUGGAUCCUGACCUGCUCACCCUCCCCACCCUGCACUUCCAACUCUGGCCAUCACUUGGUCACUUUAUAGGAAGGGCUGUAACUCAGUGGUAGAGCCUCUGCUUUGCAUGCAGGUGGUCUCAGAUUCAGGUUCAUUUCCGGGUAUCUCCAUGUAGGGGUGGGAUAGACCCCUGCCUGAAACCCUGUAGGGUUGUUGUCAGUCACUGUGGACAAUACUAAGCUAGAUGAGCCUAAUGCUAACCCUAAGACACAACCCUCACCUUGUGUCUAUUUAGUCUGAGCUGCCCCCUACCAAAAAACAGUACAAAUCAGCAAUGCCACCGCGGCUACCUUUGAAGGUAACCCGGAAACUACAACUAAUCCAGAAUGCAGCAGCUAGACUGGUGACUGGGAGGGGCCGCCGAGACAACAUAACACCGCUCCAGAAAGACCCACAUUGGCUCCCAGUAUGUUUCUGGGCACAAUUCAGACUGUUGGUGCUGACCUUUAAAGCCCUGAACAGCCUCGGCCCAGAAUAUCUGAAGGAGCAUCUCCACCCCAUCACUCAGCCAGGACACUGAGGUCCAGCUCCAAGGGCCUUCCGGUGGUUCCCUCCCUGUGAGAAGUGAGGUUGCAGGGAACCAGGCAGAGGGCCUUCUUGGUAGUGGCGCCCGCCCUGUGGAACGCCCUCCCAUCAGAUGUCAAGGAAAUAAACAACUAUCUCACAUUUAGAAAACAUCUGAAGGCGGCCCUGUUUAGGGAAGUUUUUAAUGUUUAAUGUUUUAUUUAUACCCAGCCAGAUGUUUAUUAUUAUUAUUAUUAUUAUUAUUAUUACUACUACAGUGGUACCUCUGGAUGCGAACGGGAUCCAUUCCGGAGCCCUUUCGCAUCCUGAAGUGAACGCAACCCACGUCUGCACGUGCACGGGUCGCUAUUUGCCGCUUCCGCACAUGCGCGUGACGUCAUUUUGAGCGUCUGCGCAUGCGCGAGUGGCAAAACCUGGAAGUAACACGCUCCGUUACUUCCGGGUUGCUGCGGAGCGCAACCCGAAAAUGCUUAACCCAAAGCUACUUCAACUCGAGGUAUGACUGUGUUAUUAUUAUUGCCAUCCUGACCCCAAAUAUAGCCCUUUCAAACUCCCAUUGAAGCAAGGGACAAGGCAAACACAGUUCCCCUAGCCUGCUUCCUCUGUGGUUAUCAUGGUGCGUGGAGCAUCUUUCACCUGUUCUGGCAAGCAGGAUCCCAGGUGUGUUGUACUGCAAGUGAGUGGGACGAGUGACAGGACAUCAGAAGGAGUGGGUGAGUGGAGCAUGUCUGUCUUGUCUCCUUUUUUACUGGGAGGUGGAGAAGGCCAUGCAGAGCAGCAACUUGAGCACACAGGAACAUAGGGAGCUGAUUCAGAAUGUUGGUCUGUCUAGUUCAAUAUUGUCUACACUAACUGACAGCAGCUCUUGAGGGUUUCAGGCGUGGCUCUUUUCUGGCCACACUUGGGGACACCGGGGAUUGAACCUGGGACUUGAAUCUGAAUGCAAAGCAGAUUAUCUGCCGCUGAGCUAUGGCCCUUCCACUUUGCAAGUUAAGCAUAAGCAUCUCAAGGGGAGGUAGGCAACUUUGUGCUUUCAAAUACCAUUGGGUUACAAACCUCAUCAGCUCCAGCCAGUAUGACCAAUGGUCAAGGAUUAUGAGAGUUACAGUCCAACAAUAUCUAUGUUAGCUGCCCCUGCACUGAAGCAUCCAUCUGAAUUUGAUGUUGGUGUGUUCCUCUUUUACGUACAGUGUUGCCUGUUGUCUUUUUAAGGAUGCUGCAGGAAAGGUCCUGGACCACUGGAGUAUCAUGACCAGUGAAGAAGAACUGGCUACUUUGCAGCAAUUUCUGCGCUUUGGCGAGACCAAGUCCAUUGUGGAGUUAAUGGCGAUUCAGGAGAAAGAAGGGCAGUCCAUCGUCAUCCCCACAACCGCAGCCAAUAUGGAUAUUAGGGCAUUCAUCGAAAGCUGUAGUCAGAGGAGUGCAAGCCUCCCGGCUUCCUUGGACAAAAUGAACCCUGUCAACAUCCACCACUUUGAGAACGUUGUCAACAACAUGGCCUUCAUGUUGCCAUUUCAGUUUUUCAGUCCUGUUCCUCCGCCCCUCAUAGGUUCACCCCCUGAGAGGCUUUUGAUGGAGCAAAGUCAGGACUGCAGCAAUGAACUCAAGCAAGAUGUUCCUAUGCAGUUUGCGGAAAACAGCUUCCUAACUUCCGAGUCUUCAUUUCAAGGUGAAAAGGAGGUGGCCUCGACCAGCCCAGAUAUCGCUUUGAAGGACGACACUUCUCCAAGCGAUUUAAGUUCGCCCGGCAGCAUCACAAAGCCUGAAAUGAGCCAGCUCUCCCCGGAAAGUAAAAUAAAAUCUGUCGAUAAAAACGGCUUCGCCACGAGGAGAGGGCGUGUUUUUUGUACAGCGUGCGAAAAGACCUUUUACGACAAAGGGACUCUGAAGAUCCACUACAACGCUGUCCACCUGAAGAUCAAACAUAAAUGUACCAUUGAAGGAUGCAACAUGGUCUUUAGCUCCCUCCGGAGCCGAAAUCGACACAGUGCCAACCCCAACCCUAGGCUUCACAUGCCAAUGAACAGGAACAACCGGGAUAAAGAUCUGAGAAACGGGUUGGCCAUCACCGGACUGGAAGAGAACAAACGGACGGAUUUUAAUAUUUUGCCUCCCGACAGUAGAUCCGUUUCCAGCUACGGAAGCUCUUGCAGCGACUCAAAGACACAGCCAGGUUUUCACAGUACUGGCCAAAAUGGCAUUCUCUUUCCAAACUUGAGGACCGUGCAGCCAGUUCUUCCAUUCUAUCGCAGUCCGGUCACACCGGCUGAACUUGCAAAUACUCCCGGCACCCUUCCUUCCCUACCUCUGGUUUCCUCGUCAAUCCCUGAGCCACUGGUUUCUAACGAAUCGCCCUUCGAUGCACUGCCCAAGAAAAAAUCCCGCAAGUCUAGCAUGCCCAUCAAGAUAGAGACAGAAGCCGUUGAUACCCCUAGCGCAACUCACGAAGUUGCCAGCUCGGAAGACGACAUGCCUCCGCGGCCGGUAAGUGACGGGCCUGUUGAGAUGGGCGGUUCUAGGAUAGAAAAAAACUCAAACCACCCAAUGGAAAAGAAGUCCCAUUCAGGUACAUCACAGAAAUCCAUUUCUGAAGAUGGAGGGCCGACAUAUUUUAAAUCUAUUGAGCCAAAUAACACAUGCGCCAACGCGGACGAGUUGCAUCGCCCUGAGAAAACAGCUAAGCCCGAACAAGGCAAAUUGUUAAAGGUAGUUUCUUGUGAAAAUGCCUGCAAAGAUUCAAACCAGCAGCGCGAUGUGAUCAAAGCAGUGACAGAACCCCAUGGCUAUCUUAAAGAGCAACUGAAUUACAGGAUCCCAAUGAACGACUGCGCUGAAUUGCAACACCACUUGCUGAGUAGGGGGGCGUUCAGCACACUGUCCGGUAGGAGUGUAGCCGUUCCUGGUUUCGAAGCUUUUAAAGAUAUAGAUCGUGUCAGUCAACAUGCGCCGCUAGGGCUUCAGAGGGAAGACAGCCGUUUCCAUUGUGACAUCUGUAAGAAGACCUUUAAAAACCCCUACAGUGUGAAAAUGCAUUUUAAAAACGUACACCUAAAAGAAAUGCAUAUUUGCACCGUGGAGGGUUGCAAUGCUGCCUUUCCUUCUCGUAGAAGUCGAGACAGGUAAGAAAACAGUGCACAUAAUUGUUUUUUUAUUAUUAUUUAAAAAAAUAAAAUAGUCAUAUAAUGGAGCCUAGUCUGAAAUGCAAAUAAGUUUUGAAGCAUGUUUUUGUGGUGUGCCCCCUCACCCCUUGUAUCUUCCUCAUGCAUGUUCCGUACCUUAUUGGAGCACUGAAAAUCCAUGGGACAAAACCUUGCUUUUCCCCCUGGACAAGAAGGCAUUGAAUCACCAGUGGUUCCCAACCUUUUUUUGGCCAUGCCCCACCUAAGCAUCUCUAAAGUCCUGCUGCCCCCCCCCCGUGACAUAUAAUUCUUUUUAUUCAAAAAGUGAACUCCUAUUCACCCGUUUCUCACUGUUAAUAACUCAUUCUCGAAUUGCCCCCCCUUUAAAAAUCAAAUUGCCCCCCUGUGGGGCAUGUGCCCCACACUGGGAACCACGGCAUUAAAUGAAACCCUGGAAAUCUCAUUGCUAGUAGAUAACAGUGGUUGAAAAUAAUUUUAUUUGUGGGUUGUCGUUUUUAGAGAUGCAAUUUCUUGCACAGGCAGGAUAACAAGGUCUUGCAUUUAACUUGCCUUUUCAGAUGUCUCCCUAAAUUUUUAAAGCAAAAUCUACAGUGGUAUCUAUCUAUCAUCUAUCUAUCAUCCAUCCAUCUAUCUAUCUAUCUAUCAUCUAUCUAUCAUCUAUCUAUCUAUCUAUCAUAUAUCUAUCUAUAUCUAUCUAUAUCUAUCUAUCAUCUAUCUAUCUAUCUAUCUAUCUAUCUAUCAUCUAUCUAGCUAUCUAUCUAUCUAUAUCUAUCUAUCUAUCUAUCUAUAUCUAUCUAUCAUCUAUCUAUCAUCUAUCUAUCUAUCUAUCUAUCAUCUAUCUAUCUAUCUAUCUAUCUAACAUCUAUCUAUCUAUCUAUCUAUCUAUCUAUCUAUCUAUCUAUAUCUCUCUAUCUAUAUCUAUCUAUCAUCUAUCUAUCUAUAUCUAUCUAUAUCUAUCUAUCAUCUAUCUAUCAUCUAUCUAUCAUCAAUCUAUCAUCUAUCUAUCUAUCAUCUAUCAUCUAUCUAUCUAUCUAUCUAUCUAUCAUCUAGCUAGCUAGCUGGCUAUCCAACUAUCUAUCUGUCAUCUAUCUAUCUAUCUAUCAUCUAUCUAUAUCAUCUUCUGAACUGAUGGCAGAGGACUUAGUUUCCUCUCCUCCAUCAAUCACACCAUCUGUUCAGCCUACUCCCUGCCUGCCCCCCUCUGCUUUCCCUCCCACUUUCCUUUUUGCCCUCUGGGCAGAUAAGAACAUAAGAAGAGCCUGCUGGAUCAGGCCAAGGGCUCGUCUGGUCCAGCAUGCUGUUCUCAAAGCAGCCAGUGGAAAGCCCACAAACAGGAUCUGAGCGCAUCGGCACCCUCCCCUGCUGCCGUUUCCAGCAAUUGGUGUUCAGAAGCACAUCACCUCCAUCUGAAUUCCAGACAUUUGUUUUGUCCCUCUGGCUGGGAAUGAUGGGCGCUGAGAGUCAAACAGGAUCUGCAGAGCGACACGUUCCCCGUCUUGCUCUUCCCAGUGCCGAAACCAGUCCUUUCUGGGAGCAGGUUCCAAUUUGAUCCCAUUUCCAGCUAGGAAUUAGCUAACAAACAGGAAGAAUUGUUGUGGACUAUUUAAGGUCUGAGAUUGCAGUCGGAUAAGACUGUUCCUGUUCAGAAGCUGCUGGCCCCAAAUAUUGCUGCCUCCUGCUUCCACUUCCCCCCUUCUCCACUAGCAGUAUGGGACACAGGUGGCGCUGUGGUCUAAACCACUGAGCCUCUUGGGCUUGCUGAUCGGAAGGUUGGCAGUUCAAAUCCACGCAAUGGGGUGAGCUCCCAUUGCUCUGUCCCAGCUCCUGCCAAUCUAGCAGUUCAAAUGCACACCAGUGCAAGUAAAUAUAUAGGCACCGCUGUGGUGGGAAGGUAAACGGCAUUUCCAUGCGCUCUGACUUCUAUCACAGUGUUCUGUUGUACCAGAAGCGGUUUAGUCCUGCUGGCCACAUGACCCGGAAAGCUGUCUGUGGACAAACGCCGGUUCCCUCAGCCUGAAGCGAGAUGAGCACCACAACCCUAUAGUCGCCUUUGACUGGACUUAACCAUCCAGGGGUCCUUUACUUUUACCUUUUAUUAGCAGUAUGUAGUGGCCACAUUUGCCUUCCUGUGCCAGGCUGUGGAGACAGAACUAAGGAGAAGAUGCAACAGGGCUGCUCUGCCUGGCUCACUGCCCUCGCCAGAUCUCAGAACUAGCUGCUGCAUCUGGCUGCUCAUCUUGAAAAAAGCAACUAGCUAUUCUGUACUGGGAGAAAAUAACACAAUAAGUCUUAAGGCUAUGGCACCAUUUGUUCAUGGAUAUUAGGUGUGGGGAACCUUAGUUUCUCCAAAUGUCUUGGAACUGCAACUCCCAUUAUCCCUGCCCAUUGGCUAUGCUUGCUAGGGCUGAUGGGAGUUGUAGUCAGUGACAUCUAGAAGACCAAAAGUUCUCCACCACCUGAUGUAUCUUGUCCUUUUUAAAUUUUUCCUGCUGUGGCUGUCUUGAUCAUCCUUAGCUGUUUAUGGUACGGAGAUCAAACAAACAUAAGAUAUUUUUUUAAAAUAAUUUUAUUUAUUUUCUGUAUUCUGCUCUUCAUCUGAAGGUCUCAGGUCAGAAAUGCAUAAAAUUAAAACCAAUCAUAUUAAGAGAGGCCAACAUAAAUUCCAUGCAAAUGAAACAGCAGCAACAGAAAAAAUCCAGUCCUCACCUCACCCUUCCCACAAGCCUGAACAAAGAGAAAUGACUGCAGUGCCGUGAUGAGACAGGUCAUCCUAGAGGCAUAGCCAUCAAUAUAUUACAUGCUCUUGAUUGCCCAUUUAGUACCCUUAUCCCAGGUGCACCCAAGGAAGGUACCUCUAUCGCCACACCAUUGUUACAUUACUGUUACUGCAUUCAUCACUUGGGCGAGGGGUAGUAUCCACGCUGGGACAAUGCUCACAUUAAGAGUUUGUGCUCAAGUGUUGACUGUUGAGUUGCUUCUCCUCCUUGAGUCUAACAGCAUCCCUGAUCUUCUUUCUCCAGACAUAG